CUUUCUUGGGGAGUAAGUCUGUACAGAAUUGAAGCAGACCCUUCUAUAUAUUCCAGGAGUGAAUACACCACCGAUUAUAUUAUUGGCAGCCAUGGGAGCUGGAGAGAGCCGACCGGACAUAUACAGUGCCAAUCGCGCCGUUGAAGAGGCGCUGAAGAGGGUAGAUCUGAACUCUACAAAAGGGUAUGGCCAAAGGAAAGAUAAGAAGAUGGAGCUCGCGAUGGAGCUGACAUGGAUGAAAAGCUAUCUAAUCAACAGCAGAAGGACGGACCACGGCCGGAAGCUUGCCAACGUCUGGUGUCCGGCCAUCGAACUCCUCGCCGGAAGCUGUGAUGAAAGCCUUCUAGACAACACCCAACACUUAGAUGCUGUAAUAAAAAAAUUUGCCAGUCUUAGACCUAAAAUUCAACCUUUUAUUGUUCCCACCUGUGAGUGUGAUCAUCCUCCCCCCUCAGAGCCUUUUAAAGUUUCCAACUGUCACUGUGACUGUGAUCAUCCUCCCUGCUCAAGGCGCCCCUGAUUUUGAUUGUACACAGGCGUUUAAUUUGGGCAGAAUCUCAUCCCCUGUUUCUAGAUUUUACAUAGGUGUUUAAUUAGGGCCGAUUCUAUAUGUAAGUUCAUUUAAUUAGGCAUUUAAUUUUUGAUUUUCUCUGAUCUCUUUUUUUCCAACUAUCUCUGGAUCCAUAUUGUUAAUUUAAAUUCUUAGGAAUUUGCUGCUCUUUUUUCUUUGACUGCCAAAAUAUGGCUACAGAAGCAUUCUUUCACAACUUCAG